GCCGGGGCCGGGAGCGGGGCAGGAUCCCGGGAUCGGGAUGCGGGGGCGGCCCGGGACGCGGCCUCGCUGCCCGGAGCGACACCAUGCACCCGGCCCUGGCGGUGGGGCUGGUGUUCGGCGGCUGCUGCAGCAACGUGGUGUUCCUGGAGCUGCUGGCCAGGGAGUUUCCAGGAUGUGGGAACAUCGUGACCUUCUCCCAGUUCCUCUUCAUCGCCGUGGAAGGUUUUAUCUUCGAGGCCAAUUUUGGGAGGAAGAGCCCGGCCAUCCCAAUCAGGUACUAUUUGAUCAUGGUGGCCAUGUUCUUCACCGUCAGCGUGGUCAAUAACUACGCCCUGAACCUCAACAUCUCCAUGCCCCUGCACAUGAUCUUCCGCUCGGUGUCUCCUCUCUCUUCCCUGGGCAGGUACAGCGUGUCCAAAUACACUUCCAUAGCCCUGGUAUCCCUUGGGAUCUUCACCUGCACUUUCAUGUCUGCCAAGCAAGUGGCAUCUGACUCCAGCCUAAACGAAGAGGAUGGAGUCCAGGUUUUCCUCUGGUGGCUGCUGGGCAUCGCCGCCCUCACCUUCGCCCUCCUCAUGUCUGCCAGGAUGGGGAUUUUCCAGGAGACUCUGUACCAGAGGUUUGGGAAGCACUCCAAAGAGGCCCUCUUCUACAAUCAUGCCCUGCCACUCCCUGGAUUCCUGCUCCUGGCCCCCAACAUCUACCAGCACGCCGUGCUCUUCAGCCAGUCCGAGCCGUUCCGGGUGCCGGUGCUGGGACUGACCCUGCCCAUCAUGUGGUUCUACCUCCUCAUGAACGUCGUCACUCAGUACGUGUGCAUCCGGGGGGUGUUCAUCCUGACCACGGAGUGCCCGUCGCUGACGGUCACCUUGGUGGUGACGCUGCGGAAGUUCGUCAGCCUCAUCUUCUCCAUCCUCUACUUCCGCAACCCCUUCACGGCCUGGCACUGGCUGGGCACCGCCCUCGUCUUCCUGGGCACCCUCCUCUACGCCGAGGUCUGGCACAGCCUGGGCUCCCUCCUGGCCCGCUGCAGGAGGAGCAGGAGGAGGCCCAAGGAGGAGUGACAAGAGUGUUUUUUCCGGGGAAUUCCCCCCUGAGGGGGGUGUUUUUAUAGGAGGGGUUGGCUGGGCCAAGCUCCUGGGAAUCAUCGGAACCCGAACGCCGGGAACUGGGACGGAUCAUGGACAAACAACGAGGUUGUUUUGGAGAGUAGGCUUUUUUUUUUUUUUAAACGCUUCCUCCUGGUUUUUUGGUUGGUUUUGUUUUUUUUUUCCCAUUGGAAUGAGCCUUUGGAAGUAAAAGCUGACCUGGAUCACUGUU